UCUGACCAUGUGUAAGUGUUUAGAUACUUUAUUGGCGCAGUUUAGUUAAUAUGCGAAGAACAGACAUCCCAGAGUGCCAUUCACACAAAAAACAACCAUUCCAGAUGUUGAAAAUUUUCGAAUGUAAAUUGAAGCUUUCUGUAAAUUAAUUUGAUUCCCCUCUCUGUUCCGCUCUGUCUACCCGACAAUAACUGUAGACAAACAAAUAAAUGCAUUAACACAUUGACAUAUGUUUUGUAGUGCUGUUCAAUUAACACAUCGCUGAAAACGAUAUGCUGAAAAGCGACACACACAGCAAAAAACAAUAACAAAUAAAUAAACAAACAAAAAACAUGUUUUCCGCAUAUAAACACAACCAAGACGAAUAAACAAUCUAAACGAAAUAGACAGCUAAUUUAACUUGACAUUUAGCAGGUAUCAUUUGCUUGAUACCACAAUAUGUAUCUUUUUAACAUUCGUUGGGAUAGCAUAUAGGUCAGGUUAACUGCACUCUAACAACAGUAAAGUAAGUUAUUGGCUAUAGUGGUUUCAAUACAUUUGACUAAUUGAAAUUGGUUAAGGAGUCAUCCUGGCCUUAAUAGGGUAUCAAAAGCCUACAACAGAAAAUUAAAUUGUAAAGAAAGUUUUUUUUAAUAAAAUUUGUUAGUUUGGACGUACUUGAAACGUAGUUUACUGUACCUUUACUUAAUUGAAUAGGCCCAGAUAGGUAACUAAGAUUUAAUGGGAUACGCGUGACACAAUUAAAAAAGGCACUUUGCAACCAAGAAUGCACCACUGAUUAUGUGCAGGGUACAACUGAUAGGACAGCGAUGUGUAGAAUUAGGCCUAGUGUUAGUUUCGUAAAACGGUUGCAGCUGGCUAUUUUUGUUUUUAAUAACAUCAACCUUUUUUAAUUGUAUUGUGUCGUAUUCAGUAAUUUACAUUCAUAUUAUCAAUAUUUAUGUUAUUGUCAUUCCGUCUGUUUGAAGUUUCGAACCCAUUAUAUAUUGAUGAUACUUUGCUUGUAAGCGCUUAUAUAAUAGCAUAAAUUCCUUUACAACUUCAGUUUUCAUUAAAUAAAUGAAUGUUACAUACAUCAUAACUAAUCAUGAACUUUACUUUCUUGUUCAAGGCCAUUAGGUGUCUGUAGCUGUUGAUCAACCUUUGUCUUCAUUUCGAGAACGAGAGAAAACGUGUUCUCAUUGCUUUUCAACGGUAUGAAAACACCAGUAGAAUAAUGUGAAGCUCACAUGAAAGGACACUGUACUGUGUCAUCAUGAUGUCAACUGCAGAUCACCAACUCGGCCUAUUACACCAGAUCCAGAUCAGUAACUUAUCAACGAGCAUCAUGGAAGACUUUGAAGUCGAAAAUUAUUACGACUCAAACAAUACGAGCGACUAUGUGUUCGACAUCUCAGUCAGUAUAUUCAACGCCACCAGCAGAAUUCUGGUACCUACGACAUUCUUCCUGCUUGCCUUGAUGGGACUUGUCGGUAACUGUUCGGUGAUGUUUAUUAUCUGUCGACACACCGAUAUGCAGACGGUUACGAACUAUUUCAUCGCUAAUCUGGCAAUCACAGAUGUAGCAACAGUGUUGUUCUGCAUACUGCCUACAGCCUUACAGAAUUCAGGUAUUAUACCUAUGAGCACUGGUGUAUGCAAAGGAGUCAACUACAUUCAGUUUGUCACUGUGCAGGCUACGUGUUGUACCCUUACUGCAAUGUCGAUUGACAGGUACUUUCUGAUUGUUCACGCUGUACGUUCUAGAAGGAGCCGUACUACAAACAAGGUCCUGAUUAUAAACGUCACGAUCUGGGCAGUUUCAUUCAUGAUGCACUCUCCAGUGGCAGUCGUAUCCAAAGUAACCAGCUACAACUACUGCGAAACAGUUUUUGGGACUGUUCGUGGGGAGAGAGUGUUUCAAACUUUCGCAACGCUCUCGAUGUACGUGGUGCCACUGAUUAUAAACCUGGUGUGUUACAUCAGUAUACUGCUACAAGUGUGGACGAGAACAGCACGAGGGACGGAGAGUGCGCAGGCCCAGGAAAGAGCCGUUCGACGCAAACGGAAAAUCACGCGCAUGGUGUUUGUCGUGGUGUUACUGUUUGCUGUUUGUUGGGCUCCUAAGCACUUCUUUAGAAUGUGGAUUGCUUUUGACUAUGUGGAGUUUCAUAUGACGAGUAAUAGACACUAUGUACUAAUGGGCUCGUUGCAGUUUGUCGCCCUCUGUCUUGCUUAUGGCAAUAGCUGUGUCAAUCCAUUUGUCUACGCAUUCACCACAACUAGUUUCAAGAAGUACUUCAAGAAGGUUUUCAAACCGUGCUGUAGAUUUGAAGAUAGGCAGGCCAGAACGAGUGUGAAUCAGUCGAGGGUUUCAAAAGUUAUAACUGGCGAAGAGUCACUGGUUUGACCAUUAUAGAUGGCGGUUCGCAUGACAGAAAAGUCAUAAAACUACCAACUGGAUUACAGUUUGAAAUACAAGAAAUUAAAGCCUGCACUUUCUUGCACAUUUCCACAAGUAAAUGACUUUCACAUGCAAUCGUCUGUGGGCACGGCAGUAUGGGUCUUUUGGACGGUUAUUGUGGUGUUUUAUAGGAAGACAUGAAAAUAGACAUUACAGUAGGAUUAAUUCAACCUAGAUAACAAUCACGUUAUACUUAGAUAAUACGAUAAUUUUACAGAAAAACAUUACAUUUUUACCGACCAAACCAUCUGACUCCAACCCUCUCCCUUAUUUCUCGUUUCACUCAAAACCGUUGGAUCACCUUCAAUACACUAUUCCCAAAACAAGUUGAAUGACUUAACUGUUUUGCCAGUGUUGAGAAACUACCCCUUUUAAACCCGGAAGGUGGAGGCGUUGUAUACACAAAUCAAAUUCUGACGUGGUUUCCACAACUUAGGUUUAUAUUUUAUAUUUUCCUUGUUUUGUUACAACAUACGUCUCUGCAGACUACUCUCCAAACAUAUGAUUGCUCUGAAAGUGCGUAUAUGAUACGCAUUCAGUCGUUCUUGACUGUAAAUCCUUUGGUAAUUGCAAUGCACAGAUCAAAUAAUACGGUUUCAUUAAAACCACCCCGAUUUAGAUGGGGUUUUUUUUCCCCGCAUAGUGGCUACGCUUACACCAGUUAAAGCCCAUGCAAAACCCCGGAGGAAGAGGGAAUACAACAAAUAUAAAAAAAAAAGAAAAAAAAUAAAAAAUAAAAUAACAAGUCCUAUGUCAACGUUACAAGUAGCCCAUGCUUGAAUGCAAUCUAUGGCCAUUCUAAGAUUUGUGAGUUAUUUUUUUUGCUAGGGCCCCAUGGCUUCAAUAGGGGACUGUAAAGCCAACACCGGUAGGCCUAUUGGAAAGAUCAGAGUUUAAGAACGAUGAAAUGGCUUUGAGUGGAAGGGUAAACCCUCUGGGAUUUGUUUUCUAGGGCCGUUCCAAUCUUCUGAUGAUCCCAAACGUGAAAUAUCAAAUGAAACACUUGCUUUCGGACAAAAACAACACCGGAUGCUCUGGGAAUCCAGAGCGAAUAGAUGGAUAUAUCGUGCCUGAGACCUUUGCAGAACUCAAGCCCGAAGGACAGCCUCAGUAAAUACAUUCUGUGAAUCUAUACAUCGAGUAUCCUCGGUAUCUAUUACAUAUUGUAGAUUAUCGAUAGUCGAUACUAAAAUCGAUCCCGAACCUUCACACCGUCGAAUCGGAUCAGAGUCAUGAGUAACAACUGCUGGCUUUGCGUCCAAGAAAAAGGCAACUGCCUAUAAAACGAAAACAUAUUAAAUAAAUAAGAACUGUAAAUCAAUAAAAAUAAAUGUUGUCAAAUUGUCAAGGUAAAUUAUACGAAGCCAGCAAAUACGAUUUAUAAACCAAUAUAAGUUCCCGAACAUUUAAUGCCAGUUAUCAUAUACUUUGCAAAUCUGCAUUUUGACUGCAUUGAAUUAAUUAACGAGCAUCUUAAUUGGAAGCAAAAAGUUAAUGAUUCGUUACUUAUACUGGAUCUACCACAACCUGACCCUCCCGGGUCAAACCUGAUCCGGAUUCAGGUCAUAUCAGAGGGCUUGGUCAAAAUUACUUAGAGGCUCGCUGAGAAUGCUGCGCUUUUCUCUAACUCGUUGUCACAAAAUACCAGCUGUAACACAGUUGGGACUGAUCACAAAUAGUUACGAUUCUAAAGUUUAGACUGGACAAAGUUAUUUGUCUUCCCUAUUCACAGGAGUCAUACUUCCACAGUCUAGAAUAGAAAGUCUUACCAUGGAUUUUGUUUUCUCUAUAUGUCAAUAGAACAUUUCACCCUGAAGGUAUUCAUCUAACUCAAAUAAGCUAAAGUUUAACGGAUUUUGGUUUAUUGGUUGAAGAGUUAAUAUUCUGUGUCAAAAAGAAAUAAGUAUAACAGGCAGGUCUGGAGAGUGGCUUUGCAACUAACACAUCUAGAGGUUGUCUCUUUCUGUAUUGCCGGAGGCGAAACCGUCAUUCAAACUUGGGACAAGAAGGAAAUAACAGUGUCGUGUUCUUUUGAUGUUUUAUUUAUAUGAUUUUGGUUUCUUUCCAUCGAAGAACAAAAAAACACCCUUAUAUAAAAAAAGAAAAAAAAAAAAAAAAAAAGUUUUUUUUUCUUUUUACACAUGAUUUCAGGGGUUUACAUUUUGUUUUUACCUUCCAAUUUUUUGCUGGCUGUUUUUUCCCCUCUCUUUCUGUUAUUCCCCCCUGGAAAAUGAUUCCUGAUUUAGAUAAUAUGUUAACAGGGCCGAUAAUGUUUUGUCGUUUUGUCGUUUGUUUGUGUUUGAUUGAAGCAACACUAAUGUGUGUCACGCUUUGAAGUGUUGAGCAACACGUGAUAAUGCGUUAGGUCGAAUGAUGCAUAAAGGAAUUGUAAUUAUCAUUACACGUUUCAAGUGAAUAAGUAAAUUGUGUUGAACAAAAGUUAAGUUAUACACAACAGCUUAAUUUAUAAAACAUGAUUCUGUCCAAUGUUUUAUUUAACGAUUGAACAUUGUCGUAUAGUUAUUUAUUAUAACUUACUAAUGUAUUGUUAUUUGUAACUUGUUAUUUCUGAACAUUUUAAAGACGGGUUUGAAGUUUAGGUAUACGUCGAUUCGUGGACAAUGACAGACAGACAAUUGUUAUAACGAUAUAAAAUAAGAGGGAAAACAACAAGGAAAGUAAAACAAGAACAACAACAGACUGACAUAACGACAUGUUACAAACAGAAGUACUUCAAGUCAAACUGACAGACGGACAGACAUAAGUGUGAGCGCUGGACUGCUUAAAUUUACUACUACACUUGGCGGGUAAGAUAAAUGCAUACAUUAGUCUACUUCAAAAUUCCAACUCUCCUCUCAGUGUCUUGCAAUGCCUCUGCAGAAAGAAAGUUCGGUUUUAACUGCACUUUGAGCGACAUGUAUGUAGAUGUUACUUGAAAGGCAGUGGACGCUAUUGGUAAUUACUCAAAAUAAUUAUUAACAUUUAACCUUACCUGGUAACGAGUAUACAAUUUUUGAGACAACAUGUAUUUUCUCAAUCCAAUAUUAAAAGCCCUCUUUUAGGCAUCUGAAAGCCCGAACAUCCUGUGCAAUAAGGGUGUUUUCCUUAAAAAUUUCGUUUAAGUUAACUUCCAUGACCAAUCGAGCCAAAAUAUUCACAGAUAUUUUUAGAUUGUGUGCAUGUGUUGAAAUGCACCUAGUGAGAAUCCUGGUGUUUGGCAAUUACCAAACGUGUUCAGUGUUUUCAACCAAGUAAACACGGUUUUGGGGUAGAGUGGUGCACAGACAAUGUACCGUUGGUAUCGAUUAAGAUGUGUCUGGAUACCAUACUAAAACACGACAACACAUUCUAAAAAUUCGCGAGGGGAUUCUUUUCUCAGCUCAUCGUUGAGACAUUAUUUGCAGCUACGAUCGUCAUACCCGAUUGGGGUAUAAUUAAACCAAUUACACAGAAUACUAUUUU